UGGCCAUAACCUCAAAACCUCAUUAAAGAAGUUUUUGUUUAUAAUUGUAUUUAUCUCUAUUUGCUGCACAAUUUAGGGCAAAUAUCGAUGGAUUGUAAUUUUAAGGUUCCAAGAAUAUCUCCUGGACCUUCAAAUCAAGCCGCAAGUGAUGAAGAUGGACAAAAAGAUGUGGAGAAUUCGGCUAAAAAGCAAAAAAUUGAGGAAAAUCCUGUGAUCGAGAAUAUGGAUUCCUUCGACGACGUGGAAUUUAGCUUCUGCCUUGACGAUGGCAAGAUUAAUCCUGAUGACUUUGUCAAAUCAAUGUGUGAGAAGGAAUUUCACAGUGAAUCGAACAUGAAUCAUCUUCUGGAAGAUACAUUUUUUCCACUAGAACCAAACCGGGAGACAUUUUUUGGAUUGCCAAUGAGGGUGAAGGAUCUCUUGAGGGAGAUUAAGGGAAUUGAUGAGCUGUAUGACUGGCAAAUUGAGUGUUUGAAGCUUCCGGCAAUUGAGAUGCGACAGAAUUUGAUUUAUACUCUGCCCACAAGUAGUGGUAAGACUCUCGUGGCUGAAAUUCUAAUACUGAAGGAAUUGAUUUGUCAUCAGCGAAAUGUACUGUUUAUUUUGCCGUACGUGGCUGUGGUGAAAGAGAAAAUUUCUUCCCUAGCUCCUUUUGCUGUUGCCCUGGAUUUCCUGGUGGAGGAGUAUGCCGGAAGGAAUGGUGAGUGUCCUCCAAGGAAGCGACGGAAGAAGAGAUCAGUCUAUAUAGCCACUAUAGAGAAGAGUCUUUCGGUGAUUAACAGCUUGAUUGAGGCAGGGCGUUUAGAAGAGAUUGGAUUGGUAGUCAUUGACGAAUUGCACUUGAUCGGGGAGAAGGGCAGAGGGGCAAGUUUGGAGACUGCAAUCACAAAGAUCAAGUUCAAGGGUUUGAAUAUUCAGUUUGUGGGUAUGAGUGCAACAAUUGGGAAUAUCAUGGAGAUUGAACAGUUCAUGGAAGCAACUACUUUUGCCGGAAACUUCCGUCCUGUGAAGCUUACGGAGUAUAUCAAGUGUGAGAAUGAUAUCUACGAGGUUAAUCCCAGUAAUUCGGAAAUGUUUGUUCCCUAUCGGGUAAUUGAGAGUGACUAUGAUGAGAAAAAAUUGCAAAUUGAUCCUGAUCACUUGGGACAGUUGGUGAUGGAGGUUUCUCCGCAGGAUGGAGUACUGAUUUUCUGCCCAACCCGUCAAAAUUGUGAAAAUGUCGCUCGUCUCCUGGCUAAUGUGCUGUCUGAGGAUUUCCUUCAGCAUCGUAAGGCUGAAAAAAUGAGCCUCUUGGAGAAUAUGAUGAAGUUUUUUGAGUAUGUUUGUCCAAUUCUGAGAAAAACCAUUCCAUACGGAAUAGCUUAUCAUCAUUCGGGACUUGUGGCUGAGGAGAGACGUUUUCUGGAGGAGGCUUUUCUCGAUGGGACUCUGUGUGUGAUCUGCUGUACUUCCACCUUGGCCGUUGGAGUCAAUCUUCCAGCUAAGCGAGUUAUUCUCCGAUCGCCUUACAUUGGCAGAGAAUUCAUCACGAAGAGUCGAUACAAGCAGAUGGUUGGACGUGCUGGACGUGUAGGGAUGGGAACAGCCUAUGGUGAUAGUAUUAUAAUUCUCAGGAGUCGCGAUAAACCCCUCGCUCAUGAUCUCUUUCACUCUCCAAUGGACACUGCCAAGACGUCAAUGCAUCUUUGUGAAUUCCGAGGACUCAGCAAUCUAAUCCUCAGUGCAAUCAGCCUGGGUAUGGCCACAACUUAUCGCCAGCUCGUCAAACUAGCCUCAAUGACUCUCCUAGCUGUCCAGGCGGAGGAACUGUCCGUGGUUUUGCGUACGGAAGUGGAGGGCAUUGUAAAGAAAUUCUACAAAAUGAACGCCCUCUGGAUCAAACAAGAAUCCGUCCCUCUGGAUUGUACCAUCAAAAUCCUAACCACGCAGAGCAGUCAGGUGCGCAAUUCUCCAUCCAUGAAGAAGCAAAUUGUGAUUAAGAGCAAUUCGGAGCUAGAGAUCAGCAAUGUAGGUAAAGCAGCUGUGGCUGCUUGCAUUGACCUGGACGAGGCUGAAAAAUUGUACGGAGAACUGAAGAAGGUUCAGUUGGGCCUGGUCCUAGUAGACUAUCUCCAUUUGCUCUACAUAGUAACUCCAACUGAUGUGGACUUAAAAAUGGACCCGAUGAUCCUCUGCGAUGAGUACCUGAAAUUAAGCCCUGAUCAAUUGCAUACAGCCCAUACACUUGGCAUCAAUGAAGGUCUCAUAAUGGGUAUAAGAUGUGGCAAGAAGUUUAGUCAAGAAAAAAUGCGAAUUGUAAAUAGAUUCUAUGUGACUCUCAUCAUUCAAGCGCUAUGGAAUUUAGAGGAGACUUAUAGGGUUGCCCUCAGGUUUAAGGUUAAUCGGGGAUUAGUACAAUCGCUCAUGGGUCAGACAGCUUCCAAUGCGGGCUGUAUAACGAGAUUCUGUGAGCAUAUGUCAGAAUUCUGGGCUCUGGCAUCUAUUCUGUCGGUGGUCGUGGAAAAAUUGCGACACUGCUGUUCACCAGAACUUAUUCCUCUCAUGGAAUUGCCGUCGGUGCAACUUGUAAGAGCCAAACAACUCUAUGCUGCGGGAUUCAAGACCAUUGAGUUGAUAGCUCAAGCCAAACCCAAGGAUUUAGUGCAAAAUAUUUAUCAUAUGAGCUUCAAGACAGCCCGGGAAAUUAUCUCAGCAGCAACGCUCUAUAAUUUGUUGGAAAGUAAUGCUGUUGGAGAGGUACGACAAUUUACAACACGAUUUGGAUGGUCUUAAAACUGUGUUAUAUGAUAAAUGAAUUAGUCAAUAUUUAAUAUAUUAUAUUCAAAGAAUUGUACAAUAGGUUGAUGUGUUAGAGAAUUAUUUAAAACAGCCAUUUGAAAUAUAAUUUUUUUUCAAAGUAA